UGUGGCAGGACUGAAUUUAAAUUUGAGAAUUGGUCUAAAAUGGCGACGAGCUUCGUUCCCCUAAAACCCUGAGGUGAGACUGAGGAGGUUUUAGGGCUCCCACCUCCGCACACAAUGCUGGGCGUGGCCAUGGGCAUGGGCGUCCUUCGGAGACUCAGAUUCUGUUCCAACCACGGUGGUGCUGCCUCAAUUAGCACUAGAGCUCUCUCUUUUCACCAUUAUACUAAUUCUUUCCAACCUUCCUGCGCUGCUGCUAUUCCCUGUUCUAGGAUUGACAAUAAAGCUCGAAUUUUUUCGAUUAAUUUUUACCCAACUUGCUCGAUUCGCAAUUUUUCAACAUCCCCCAGUGAUGCUGUUUCCGCAUGCGGCAAUGAUGUUGAUAUUAUUACUGAAGCUGAGGCCGCGAAGGCGACUUAUUCGACAAUGAGAAAUGCGGCGAUGGAUGAUGCGUAUUACGCGGUUGAGUUAGCUUUGGAUUCGGUUGUUAAGAUAUUUACUGUGGCAAGCAGUCCCAGUUAUUUCCUUCCUUGGCAAAAUAAGUCUCAGCGUGAAUCAAUGGGCUCUGGUUUUGUUAUUUCUGGAAGGAGAAUCCUGACAAAUGCCCAUGUUGUGGCUGAUCAUACUUUUGUUCUUGUUCGAAAACAUGGUUCUCCCACCAAAUAUAGAGCAUAUGUUAAGGCUGUAGGCCAUGAAUGUGAUUUGGCUAUUCUGGUAGUUGAAAACGAAGAAUUCUGGGAAGGUAUGAAUUCUUUAGAGCUUGGUGAGGUUCCGUUUCUCCAAGAAGCUGUUGCUGUUGUUGGUUAUCCGCAAGGUGGGGACAACAUUUCUGUUACAAAAGGUGUUGUUUCCAGGGUUGAACCAACACAAUAUGUACAUGGUGCAACGCAGUUGUUGGCAAUUCAAAUUGAUGCUGCUAUAAAUCCUGGGAAUAGUGGUGGCCCUGCAAUCAUGGGUGACAAAGUUGCUGGAGUGGCAUUUCAAAACCUUUCUAAUGCAGAGAACAUUGGUUACAUUAUUCCUGUCCCUGUGAUAAAGCAUUUUAUAGCGGGUGUUGAAGAGACUGGAGACUAUGUUGGGUUCUGCUCCAUGGGUUUGUCCUGCCAACCUAUGGAAAAUGCACAGCUACGGGAGCACUUUCAAAUGCGUGCUGGUUUAACAGGGGUUCUCGUGAGCAAAAUUAACCCAGUAUCUGAUGCAUAUAGAACACUGAAAAAGGAUGAUAUCAUCCUUUCAUUUGAUGGCGUCCCAAUAGCAAAUGAUGGAUCAGUUCCUUUCCGAAAUAGAGAACGGAUAACAUUUGACCAUUUAGUCUCCAUGAAGAAGCCUAACGACACUUGUCGACUUAAAGUAUUGCGAGAUGGCAAAGAGCAUGAGUUUAUUGUUACCCUUCAUCCUUUAGAGCCUCUCGUCCCAGUUCAUCAAUUCGAUAAGCUUCCAAGUUAUUUCAUUUUUGCCGGUCUAGUUUUUGUUCCAUUGACACAACCAUUUCUUCACGAGUAUGGAGAAGAUUGGUAUAGUACAUCACCUCGCCGAUUGUGUGACCGAGCUCUUAGAGAGCUGCCGCAGAAAGCUGGGCAACAACUUGUCAUCCUCUCUCAGGUUUUAAUGGAUGACAUUAACACAGGAUAUGAGCGCCUUGCUGAAUUGCAGGUGAAGAAGGUGAAUGGGGUAGAAGUCGACAACUUGAGGCAUCUGCGGCAGCUGGUGGAGGGCAGCAGUGAAGAGAGGAGUAUAAGAUUCGAUCUGGAUGAUGAUAGGGUGAUUGCUCUGGACUACAAUCUGGGGAGAAGGGCAACCUCUCGGAUACUGACUCGACAUAGAAUACCGUCGGCCAUGUCCAGGGACCUUGGCCCCCCUGCCAAGCCACAAUCUGAGUUAGACGUCGCAUAUGAGCAUGCUGAUGCUGGUUCAAAGUGAGCUGUUUCCGGAUUCACUCCUUCCCUUCCCUUCCCAACCAGACCCGUUUCAUUCUUGGAUUUCAUCAUGUCAUAUCAUCAAUCUUUAUUUAUAUAAAUAUCAAUUAUUAAUUAAUUGAUUUUAUCAUGGAA